UUCCAGCUGGGCACGCGCGCUCCAAGCAGUGAAGGCUAUGGUGGGUGAGGACGCACGCGGACCUCCAGCGAGCUCAUCUGACCGACCUGCAGCGGUGUGAACCUUGUUAUGAGAACAUGUCUGUGAACGAGGUGUACGUGUUCCGGCCCUUCAAGCUCAUCGCUCUGCUGUGCGUCUUCCUGGCGCUGUGCUUGGACGUGGUGGCUCUGCUCAGUCCAGCCUGGGUCACCGCGGAGCAUUUCUCCCUGUCCCUGUGGGAGUCCUGCUCCCAGUCCGAGGCACGGCUCGACACAGAGGAGGCUCAGUGGAGCUGCUUCUCCACCCUCACAUCUGACUGGCAGAUUGCCACCCUGGUGCUGCUGGUGGCCGGUGCCGUGGCAACUCUGGUGGCCUUUUUGGUGGCCCUUAUUUCCCUCUGCCGGGGGACACAGAGACGGCACUACCGCACCGUGUCCGUGUUCCUCUUCACUGCAGUGGUUCUGCAGGCCUGUGCUCUGGUCCUCUACCCGAUCAAGUUUAUCGACGGCACGGUUCUUCAGACCUAUCACGAGUUCAACUGGGGCUACGGGCUCGGCUGGGGAGCCACCAUCUUCAUGUUGGGAGGAGGGAUCCUUUUCUGCCUGCGGACGGACAUAUACGAGGAUGCAAUGUACUGAGUCCUUUCUCGAACCCCCGCCCACUGGAAAUACACACAUAAACAUGUACACCCACACACACGCACACACAGACAAAUUCCCAUACAGGAGGUGGGCUUCACUCUGCACACAGCCAAUGCAUAUGUGAGCACAGACUCUGAUCUUUCUGCUUCUCUUGCUGUCUUGCUCUCUCUGUUAUUUUUAGACAGGUUUUGAAGGCCUAAUUUAGGCCAGGGCUGUAUGAGUAGGACCCCCGCCACCCCUCCUCCCCAUGCCGCCAGUGGGCUUCUGAGCCCUGCCGGAAUCGGGAGUGAGGCGGGCAAAGCUAAAGCACAGAGAGCUUUCUGGACAGGCACGAGCCACAGAUACUGGACGCUUCCACUGCACGUUGACCUGGAUCUCUAUUGUUAGAGAAACAGGAAAAUAGAUUCUCAGCAAAGACCUGAAUGUGCAGUGACUGAACAUUUAAAGGGACUGACUUAUCUCCACAUUUCCUUUUUUAUUCUUUUUGUAGCAUUUCACAAGGACGAAGCUUGUUGUUAAUGUAUUUAUGGCAUCAUUUUCCACUUUAUGAAUAUUGAAAAAGCUGAACUUCUACCUUUCGUGUUUUCUAGCUGAAAAAUAUCUAGUAAUGCUAAGCCUUCUGAUAGUAGAAGUGUAAAUUAGACAGCUUCGAUAUAUGCUAGGGCUCUCAAGUGUUCAUAGUUUGUUUGGAAACUAGUUUCUCUCAUAUGAAAAAUGUAAAUGUGUACAAAGUAUUUCUACAUGAAGGAAUCUCCGGAAUAAACAGUUGUAGUUUUGGAAGUAUGGAA